GGGGGGGGGGGGGUUUGAAUAUUAAAUUGUUAUACUAUAAGUAUAUGCAUAUUGAAACUUGACAAAUGACAAUUGCCAAGUGCUAAAGAUCAUCUCAAAUUCACAAGACCAUAGUAUAUUUUAAUUUGUAUAGAAAUUAUGGGUAGAAAGCCUUGUUGUUCUAAAGAGGGAUUAAACAAAGGUGCGUGGACUCCGAUCGAGGAUAAAAUUCUAAUAGAUUACAUCAAAGUUCAUGGUGAAGGGAAAUGGAGAAAUCUUCCCAAUAGAGCUGGUCUUAAAAGAUGUGGAAAGAGUUGUAGACUAAGGUGGUUGAAUUAUCUAAGGCCAGAUAUCAAGAGGGGAAAUAUAAGUCCAGAUGAAGAGGAUCUCAUAAUCAGACUUCACAAGCUUCUUGGAAACAGAUGGUCUCUUAUUGCCGGAAGGCUACCAGGACGAACAGACAAUGAAAUCAAGAACUACUGGAACACCAACAUUGGAAGAAAACUUCAAGAAGCAAAAGGUUCUGGUCAGCCAAAUCGCGUAACGUCUUCAUAUCGUCAGCGCAAUCGCUCUAGUCAUGCCAAAUCAGCCAACCCAAGCCCAAUUACCCAACUACAGCAAAAUAAUCAAGAACAAACAAUUCAGCAAGAUUCAAAUUGUCUACUACAAACAGACGUUGGACGUGAAGGAUCAUCGUCCUCCUCCUCCACCUGUUUGGUCGUCUGCAAUAAGGCAAUUCGGUGCACUAAGAUUUUUAUCAGUCCACAAAAUACUGAUCAGUCAGUCAAUGAGAUUACUCAAAUUGAUAACAAUGACAAGGCAAUGACAGAGGAAAACGCGACAACUAAUAUUGUAACAUCCUCAUCAUCGUCAUUGUCCGAGCAACAACAACAACCGGUAUCAGAAUCAUAUUCGCCAACAAAUUUGUCCGUAGAAAUGGAGAAUUAUAACUUCAAUUUCAUGUUUGGUCUCGACGUUGACGAUCCUUUUCUUUCUGAACUUCUUAGUGUACCUGAUUUACGUGACCAAAUUUUGGAAAAUAGUACUAUAAGUAGUACUGUUGAUGCUGGUGAUGAAGUUGGAGAUUGUAAUAUCUCCGUCAAAAAGGAAAGGCAAAGGAGCUAUUUUCCUCCAAGUUCUAGUCAAAUUUCAAUUUUCUCAGAAGGGACGCAACACAACGAUUUGGAACUUUGGAUCAAUGGGUUCUCUUCUUGUUAAUUAUUUGAGAUUUGUUGAUAACACUACUCAUGAAAUCGUUAUUAGUGUCAGUUUCAGAAUUUUGAAUCAGUACUGAAUUCUGUUGUUUAUGUAUAUAACUAUUUAUUUCUUGUCACAUGUGAAAUGUUGUGUCUAUGUACUAUCUAAAUUCACCCUAUCAUGUACUAAAUGCUCUUUGUAAAUUUGAAUUAAUGUAUUCGAUAAUUGUGGGGGGUUGGAAAACCCUACAAGACUAUCUUUCUUAUUGGGUCAUUAGACGUUAUUCAGAAUUCAAAUUUAGUG